CAAACCUUCUGCCAGCCAGAAAACGGAGCAGCAUGUGUAGGAAUGCCUCACCGCCGUUUUGGAGCCCUCUCUUACAUCAAACAUCUGCUCUACUCAUCCUCUGAGUGUCAUCUCAGGACCUGGGCCACACUCAUGGCACGAUGGCCCGCCCUCAGGAGCACCUGAGCUGCUCCCCGUCUCCAUGCUCACCCGUGAGUGAAAGCCAGACCGUCACUGGCCUACAAGAUGAACUCGCAGCCAUGGGGAACCACCCUUUACCCAAGCUCCUCGAGGACCAGCCGGAAAGAGGCGUGGUACGCGCAGAGCUAGUGGAGAGUGUAAGCAGCCCCAUCACCACAACAGUGUUGACCAGCGUCAGCGAGGACUCCAGGGACCAGUUUGAGAACAGUGUUCUUCAACUGAGGGAACAAGAUGAAGCAGAGGUGGCUGUGUCUCAGGGGAACAACAGCACAGUAGAUGGUGAGAACACAAAUGGGACUGAGGACAUCAAGAUUCAGUUCAGCAGGUCGGGCAGUGGCAGCGGGGGGUUUCUCGAAGGACUCUUUGGAUGCUUGCGACCUGUGUGGAACAUCAUUGGGAAAGCAUAUUCCACCGAUUACAAACUCCAGCAGCAAGAUACGUGGGAAGUGCCAUUUGAGGAGAUCUCAGAGCUGCAGUGGCUGGGUAGUGGAGCCCAGGGAGCUGUGUUCCUGGGCAAAUUCCGAGCUGAAGAGGUGGCCAUCAAGAAAGUGAGAGAGCAGAAUGAGACGGAUAUCAAGCAUCUGAGGAAGUUGAAGCACCCUAACAUCAUCGCAUUCAAGGGGGUGUGUACCCAGGCCCCAUGUUAUUGUAUCAUCAUGGAGUACUGUGCCCACGGACAGCUUUACGAAGUCUUGCGAGCUGGCAGGAAGAUCACCCCACGACUGCUCGUAGACUGGUCCACAGGGAUUGCGAGUGGAAUGAAUUACUUACACCUGCAUAAAAUUAUUCAUCGUGAUCUCAAAUCACCUAAUGUUUUAGUGACUCACACGGAUGCAGUAAAAAUUUCAGAUUUUGGUACAUCUAAGGAACUCAGUGAUAAAAGUACCAAGAUGUCCUUUGCUGGCACAGUUGCAUGGAUGGCACCAGAGGUGAUACGGAAUGAACCUGUCUCUGAAAAAGUUGAUAUUUGGUCUUUUGGUGUGGUGCUUUGGGAGCUGCUGACAGGAGAGAUCCCCUACAAAGAUGUAGAUUCAUCAGCCAUUAUUUGGGGAGUUGGAAGCAAUAGCCUGCACCUCCCAGUUCCUUCCACUUGUCCAGAUGGAUUCAAAAUCCUUAUGAAACAGACAUGGCAGAGUAAACCCCGCAACCGGCCUUCGUUCCGGCAGACGCUCAUGCAUUUAGACAUUGCAUCUGCAGAUGUACUUGCCACUCCGCAAGAAACUUACUUCAAGUCUCAGGCUGAAUGGAGAGAAGAAGUAAAAAAACACUUUGAGAAGAUCAAAAGCGAAGGAACCUGUAUACAUCGGUUAGAUGAAGAACUGAUUCGAAGACGCAGAGAAGAGCUCAGGCAUGCACUGGACAUUCGUGAACAUUAUGAGAGAAAGCUUGAGCGGGCUAAUAAUUUAUACAUGGAGCUGAGUGCCAUCAUGCUGCAGCUGGAGAUGCGGGAGAAGGAGCUCAUUAAGCGAGAGCAAGCCGUGGAAAAAAAGUAUCCCGGAACUUACAAACGGCACCCUGUCCGCCCAAUAAUCCACCCAAAUGCCAUGGAGAAACUCAUGAAAAGGAAAGGUGUCCCUCACAAAGCCGGGCUACAGACCAAGCGGCCAGAUCUAUUGAGAUCUGAAGGUAUUCCUAGUACAGAGGUGGCUUCCACCACAUCCCCUUUGUCUGGAAGUCCCAAAAUGUCCACCUCAAGCAGCAAGAGCCGAUAUCGAAGCAAACCACGCCACCGCCGGGGAAACAGCAGAGGCAGCCAUAGUGACUUUGCAGCAAUCCUGAAAACCCAACCAGCCCAGGACACUUCACCCCACUCUUCUUACCUACACCAAGCCCAACCCCAGUCCCCUUCUCUCCAUCACCAUAACCCUGUGCAGCAGCAAUACCAGCAACCCCCUCCUGCCGAGUCUCAGAGCCACCAGCCCAGACUCAGUAUGCAUAGACAGGACAUCGCAACCUGCGCUAACAACCUGAGAUAUUUUGGACCAGCUGCAGCCCUGCGGAGCCCACUCAGCAACCACGCUCAAAGACAGAUGCCUGGCUCUAGCCCUGACCUCAUCUCCACAGCCAUGGCCGCAGAUUGCUGGAGAAGUUCUGGGCCUGAUCAGGGCCAGGCUGGUCUUUGGGACUGUUGUCAGGCUGACCCCUAUGACCCCUGCCUCCAGUGCAGGCCAGAACAGUCUGGGUCUUUGGACAUUCCCACUACUGAGCCAGUGGGGAGAAACACUGACCUUUCCAAGUCACCAGCACACAAUCCCCUCUCAGAAAACGCUCAAGGCUCUGAGAAAAUGGGAGAAAAUGAAUUCAGUGGCUGUACAUCUGCAUCAUCCCUUGGGACCCCUCAUCACGUCACCCCCUCAGUGCUACCUCGGAAAACAAGGCCCCUUCAGAAGAGUGGCGAUGACUCCUCAGAAGAAGAAGGGGAAGUAGAUAGUGAAGUCGAAUUUCCACGAAGACAGAGGCCCCACCGCUGUAUCAGCAGCUGCCAGUCUUACUCAACCUUUAGCUCUGAGAAUUUCUCCGUGUCUGAUGGAGAGGAAGGAAAUACUAGUGACCACUCAAACAGUCCCGAUGAGUUAGCUGGUAAACUUGAAGACCGCCUGGCAGAGAAGCUGGAUGACCUUCUGUCCCAGACCCCCGAGAUCCCCAUUGAGAUAUCUUCACACUCGGACGGGCUCUCUGACAAGGAGUGUGCAGUGCGCCGUGUGAAGACGCAGAUGUCGCUGGGCAAGCUCUGCGUGGAGGAGCGUGGCUACGAGAACCCUAUGCAAUUUGAAGACUCGGACUGCGACUCUUCAGAUGGGGAGUGCUCCGACGCCACCAUUCGGACCAACAAGCUCUACAGCUCUGCUACUUGGUGAUGAAGGAAAACCCUCUGAAAGACCUCCUGACACUGGUGUUUCAAAUCCACCCCAGCCCUAACCUCGUUUCCUGUCUCUCCCCGCUUUUUUCGUCUGGGAGGAGAGCCACCCCAUCUUUAUUACCCCUAGAAAUGAGCUGCAAUAACAGGAACACGAGACUUCGUGAAAUCUCCAGGAAAAAAAAAAAAAUCCAAAUGAAAUUUAAGUCUCACUGAACAUUUCAAUCAAGAAUGGCAGGGAUAUAUUUUAUUGAAUAUUCUAUCUACUGUAACAUUGAUAUUUAUUUUUGUUGGACAUUUUAACACUUUGUACUGUAAAGAGUGAACUAUAUAUGGUAUAUAGAAAGAAUAAUUUCUUGCAAAA